GGCGAAGAAGAGUUCGGCGUACAACAGGUACCAGAACCAACGACAAGGCGAGAACGUGAUACCGCUACCGAGGAACAAGUUGCGGAUCGCGAGAUUGAUCAGGAAAUGCCAGCAGAGACAUUCAUUGGUACUGAGUUUGCCGAACCCCCUGAGGGAUACGAAUUCAAAAUUAGGGAAGGGUACGCGUCAUCGGAGAAACCUGAAAUGACCACUGCCGCGUAUGACGAGAAGUUCGAAUCAAAAGAAUUGAUCGAUGAAGCUUCACUGCAGAAAGAAGGGAAAUUUCCGGCUGAAUAUGCUCCAUCAGCACAUGUCGAAGAAUACCGCUUCGAAGCAAAAGAGACUGAUGCGGCAGCUCAUGAACAAGAAAUUACUCAGCAAAAGGAGCGAACUGCAAGGCAACAAGCCAAAUUUGGUAGCCCUGACGAUGAAGAAUCAUACGUGAAAGACUCAACGUUCACCUCAAAAAUUCUUGGUAUCGCAAAGAAAGCGGGUAUGGUUGCCGGUGGCGUUGUUGCUGCACCCGUAGCGUUGGCAGCAACGGGGGCUAUU